GGGGUGUCCGGCGAGAGAGUCGGCCGGAGAAGAUGCCCAGGCGGCGGCGGGCCCCUAGGCACCGGGCAGACUUGCCUCCGGCUGCCUCGUCGUUGCUCUUCUUCCCGGCGGCUGCCUUUUUCCAGGAGGACCCUAGAGCCAUCCGCCAGAUCAGCUGCAAGCGAGGCUGCCUGGCGGUGGUGAAGACCGACGGGACGGUUGCCGUUUGGGACGGCGCGGAGAAGGGGGGUGGCCAGAGCCCCACGAGGAAACCCAGGCACAUUACGCUGAAAAAGAAUGCCAAGGUGGAUUCACUGGACUGCGAAACAUCUCAUCUGCUCAUUCUCUCAUCAGAAGGAAAACUUUCUGAGCAUAGUCUUGACUUCCAAAAUGUUAAGUCACCGCCAAGACUGCUGACAGAAUUAGGAGACAGACGAAUUGUUCAACUUGCAUGUGGUGACCAUCAUUCCAUGGCCCUGUCAAAAGGCGGACAGCUCUUCGCCUGGGGUCAAAAUGAAUAUGGUCAACUUGGCGUGGGAAGAGAAAUGAGCUCCGCCAGGGAACCACAGCUGGUGCAGGCGCUCGAAGGCAUCCCUUUGGCCAAGAUUGCAGCCGGAGGGUCUCACAGCAUGGCUGCCUCUCUGUCUGGAUCAGUCUACUCUUGGGGGAAAAAUGCCUUUGGGCAGCUGGGACUUGGACAUACCAAAGAUAGAUACUCCCCUACAUACGUGAAUGCCUUGGAGCAUAAGAAGACCGUGUUUAUUUCAUGUGGAGGAGAGCAUACUGCAGUUCUUUCAAAGGAGGGACUGGUCUGCACUUUUGGAGCUGGCUGCUAUGGCCAGCUUGGCCACAACUCCACACGCAACGAGCUGUAUCCACGUCUUGUGGCAGAGCUGUUUGGUGCUCGAGUGUCUGAGGUAGCCUGUGGGAGAUGGCACACCCUUGUCUAUGUCCCAGACCUGGGAGAAGUCUACUCAUUUGGUUCUGGAUCCGAAGGACAACUUGGCAAUGGGAGGAAGUGUGACCAGUUGAUACCCCUUCCUGUUGAUUUGACCAAGAGGGAUAGGAAAUUCAACCAGGAUGGGAGUGCUUCAGAGGAACAGAUUAAAGUCAUUGCUGGAGAUAACCAAAGUAUUGUGAUUUCUCUGAAGGAAAAGAAUUCAUAUGCCAAUUUAAACCGGACGCCUGCCAGAAUAGAAGAGGAAGAGAUAGAUAAUUGGGUUUCUGAUUUGGACCAUGACCGGUGGCAGAACAUAAGACAGGACAUUAAGCUGAUCUUCUCAUCGGCAGCCUGUGUCAAUGGAAGCUUCCUGAAAAACAGGUAAAUUACCGUUUUAACAUUUCAGGGGGUUUCAGGUAUCAACAUGUCCGCUGUGCUCCUUUUCUCUGACAAGAUUGCAGAAAAGCCUAAAGUCUGCACACAGGUGAUGAAUGCUGUUGAAAAGCUUGUACAGUCCCUGCAUUCCUCCGCUACAUCCCCUGAAGCACUCAGAGUCUUUGUCAUCAUUCCUCUAAUCAUACGAAAGCAGGACCUACAGUCGGACUCUCUGCUUAACCAGUUGGCACAGGCUGUCAUGGAACUUCAGCCGGAAGGCAGGCAAACCCUUGAAUCUCUGUGGUCCAAUUUAGAUGUCCCCUUCUUCAAGGAUCUAGUGGACAUCUAUCAAAGACUUUCCAGUGCCAAAAUAUCUUCCUUCAUUGAGAAGAUGAGAUCUUUAGAGAUGCAAAACAGACAUAAGUUCUUCCCUUGGACUCUUAUGACUCUACAGGUGCUAUAUAAGGUAAAUUGCAGGACUGGUUUCAGGAUCCAGGAAAAAAACUUCUAUGUUCCUGAAGUGAAAAAAAUGCUGCGUCCUCCCAAAUUGAACUUCAGACAAAAUCCUGAACAAAUAGAGAAAAGAAUUUCCUCAAAGUUCUGUGAACUGACGUAUGCUUUGGACAUUCUCACUCUGGUCCCUUGUGUCUUGGAUAUGGAAGCAAAGAUUCUACUGCAUAAUCUAGACUGCCAUAUGUCCUGUGGUAUGUACACCUGGCCAAACCCUACAGUCACACAAUUAGUUGUGAGGAGACAUCAUCUGGUGCAAGACACAUGGCUGUGUAUCAGGAAUAUGCAAGACAACCAGUUCCAGCACUUCCUCAAAGUGUGUUUUGUUGGAGAACCUGGAAUCGAUGGUGGAGGUCCAUCUCAAGAGUUCUUCACAGUCCUCAGAAGGGAACUGUGUGCCCCAGAAGCACAGAUCUUCCGGCACUUUGAAGAAACCCAUCUGAUUUGGUUCUCCAGCCAGGUACCAGCACAGGAAGACAUAUAUUUUCUGAUCGGGAAUAUAUUUGGAAUGGCCCUCUAUAAUAGGAAGAUUGCUGCCUUCCCUUUCCCUCUCGCUUUGUUCAAGAAGAUGGCAGAUAUUCCGUUGACUCUGGAAGAUUUGAAGGAGCUCUCUCCUCUAGAAGGAAGGGGUCUUCAAGCCAUCUUGGACGAGCAAUACGAUGACAACAUGGAAAGCCUGAUGUUGGAUUUCACAGUAGUGAAAGAAGAAAGGGGAUCUAAGGUUUCUGUUGAACUGAAGGAAAAUGGUGCCGACAUUCCCGUCACGAAGUACAACAGAAGAGAAUACGUUGAUGCCUACGUGAAUUACAUAUUCAAUGAUUCCAUUGAGGAACAGUUUAAGGAUUUCAUGCGUGGGUUUUCAAGAGGCUGCCCAACUCAAAACUGGAAUAUCUUCCUUCCUGCUGAGCUCCGGGUUGUUCUGAUUUGGCAUACAAAAUACAAUUGGGAAGAACUAGAAAAGAAUGCAAAGUACCAUGGUUAUGAAAAGUCAGAUGAAACGAUCAAGAAUUUCUGGGCUGUGUUUCAUGACCUUCCGGAAGAAAAGAAGACGGAUUUUCUUGCUUUUCUUACAGGAACAAACUGUGUUCCAAGUGAAGGGAUGGAAAGAUUUGCGUUCAUUAUUAAAGAAGCCGGAAAAGAAAAUCCAGACCAGUGGUAUCCUGAAGCCUGCACCUGCUUUCGAAUCUUGAGCCUUCCAAGAUACAGCAACCAAGACGUUCUCCGAGAAAGGUUCCUGUUUGCACUAGAACACUAUGAAAAGUUUGGACUGUCAUAAAACUUGGAUGCAAAGAACACUGUUUGGAAUCGGUCGAUCAGGGCCUGGUUGACGUCCCCUUCCAUCCAGCUGUUCUGUUCUUUAUUUACUGAACAAAACAAACCAACAUGAGGAUAUAUGUCUUCGUGAAAAGGAGGAGGCUUCUGAUUCUCCCUUUUGGUAACAGGUUACGGGCUGAAGAUACAUGAAUCAACAUCCUGUCUGUCAAUGCCUGUAAGGGAGACUUCCUGGGAACCUUACAUACACCAUCUUGAGUUCAACAGUGGAGGAAAAAAUGGGAUAUAUACAUAACUAAUAAAUACAACAUGCAACCUUAGAAUUAAGAUCUGCCAAAAGGAGCCUCCUCUAGAACCUAUCUUUGGUGGAGGAAAGACUCUGCUUAGGGCCUUCUCAGUACUCGUUCCAGUCUCAUUUAAUUGGAUACCUGUAUCCCACUUCUCUCCCCAGUGGGGACCCAAAGCAACAUCAUUCUUCCUUGCUCUGUCUUAUCUUCACAAUCAGAACCCUCAUAGGAGGGCAGGAAGGGGUUGCCUCAGUGCUUAGUUCUUGUGGCCCUUUCUUACUCA